AUGUUCAAGCACCGCACACAAGGCUUCAAUGGCACAGCUCUCGCCUUCUCUCCCUUCUUUGAUUCCCAUGUAGCCGUCUCCUCUUCUGCCAAUUUUGGCCUUGUUGGCAAUGGUCGCUUGCAUAUCCUUGCAUUACAGCCAGGACAGAUGCGACCAGUCAAGCAUUUCGAUACGCAAGAUGGCUUAUUCGAUGUUUGCUGGAGUGAAAAUCACGAGAAUCAGCUCGUCACUGCAUCAGGUGAUGGUACGGUCCAGCUCUUUGAUAUCACUUGCGACCAAUUCCCUGUACGGAAAUGGCGAGAGCACAAUAAGGAAGUGUUUAGCGUCAGUUGGAAUCUUGUUCAGAAGGAGACGUUUUGCUCGAGUUCCUGGGAUGGUAGUAUCAAGCUGUGGCAUCCGGCACAGCAAGUCUCCUUGGCAACGCUGAUGGGUCACAAGGCCUGUGUCUAUCAGGCUCUGCACUCUCCACAACAUCCCAACAUGAUUGCGUCUGUGUCUGCCGACACAACGCUCUGCCUGUGGGACCCAACACAGGGCCAUACGCCAGUUCAAUCCAAUCCAGUCUCUACACAGGAAGUUCUGACACUUGCCUGGAACAAGUAUAAUCCGUAUGAGCUCUUUACAGCCGGUAUCGACUUGCUCAUCAACAAAUGGGACUAUCGCAUGAUGGCACGCCCUAUACGCACCAUGCGCGGACACAAAUACGCCAUUAAGAAGCUGAGCAGCUCACCCUUCGAUGGAGAAAUGGUAGCGAGUAGUUCUUACGAUAUGACAACAAGGAUAUGGCGAGGGGAUACGUGUGUCAAGGUCUUUGAUGCACAUACGGAGUUUGUGGCAGGUUUGGAUUGGUCUUGUUUUGGGAUGAGUCCUGGCUUCAUUGGCACUGCUGGAUGGGAUGAGAAUGUAUUUGUUUGGCGUGUUUGA